AUGCCCAUGCCCAUAUGCUCGUCCUCCAUAGUGCUGGUGUGUCUGGCUGACCCGUGCACCGCAGCAGGGCCAGGAGCCGCUCUGUUUGUUUGUGUGGACCGUCUGACCUCCUGCCACUGCCUCCUACCCCUGCCUCCUACCCCUGUCUCCUACCCCUGCCUUCUACUCUUGCCUCCUACCCCUUGCCUUCUACCCUUGCCUCCUGCCGCUGCCUCCUACCCCUGCCCCUUACCCCUGUCUCCUACCCCUGCCUCCUUCCCCUGUCUCCUACCCCUGCCUCCUUCCCCUGUCUCCUACCCCUGCCUACUACCCCCUGCCUACUACCCCUGCCUCCUACCCCUGCCUUCUACUCUUGCCUCCUACACCUGUCUCCUACCCCUGUCUCCUACCCCUGCCUCCUACCCCUGUCUCCUACACUUGCCUCCUAUCCCUGCCUCCUACCCCUGUCUCCUACCCUUGCCUCCUAUCCCUGCCUACUACCGCUGCCUCCUUCCCCUGUCUCCUACCCCUGUCUCCUACCCCUGCCUUCUACCCCUGUCUCCUACCCUUGCCUCCUAUCCCUGCCUCCUACACCUGUCUCCUACCCUUGUCUCCUACCCCUGUCUCCUACCCCUGCCUCCUACCCCUGUCUCCUACACCUGCCUCCUACCCCUGCCUCCUACCCCUGUCUCCUAUCCCUGCCUCCUACUCCUGACUCCUACCCCUGCCUCCUACCCCUGUCUCCUACACCUGCCUCCGACCCCUGCCUCCUACCCCUGCCUCCUUCCCCUGUCUCCUAACCCUGUCUCCUACCCCUGCCUUCUACCCCUGCCUCCUACCCCUGCCUCCUACCCCUGCCUCCUACCCCUUGCCUCCUACCCCUGCCUCCUACCCCUGCCUCCUACCCCUGCCUCCUACCCUGCCUCCUAA